CGCAACUGUACAUAGCAGAAAAUGGAAAUCAACAGAGAGGAAAGGCUAAAAUUUCUCAAUGAAAUCAAAGAUUUUGAGGAAGAAAUCACGCAAAAAGUCAAUGAAAUUCUCAAAGAAUUGAAUUGGGAUCGGGAGACUCUCAUGAAAAACUAUGCGAAGAAGCAGGAAUGUGAGAAGAAAUUGAAGAAAAAUGACCCGGAGGAGCAUGUUCAGUACUCGGAGGACUAUCAGGAGUUCUACAGGGGCAGGAUCCCAUCCUUGAUAAUCGACAAAGAUCUUCAGGUGAAGAUCAUUGAAGAUGCCAAGAAAGCCAAUCCGGGGAUGUCUCUGAUGUUCCCAGUGGAGGAUUUGGGGGCAAGAAACCUCCCAAAAAGUCCCGAUGAUGUCCUUUUCAACUACACACGCGAGGAGAAAUUGGCCUUGUAUGAGUACGCAGCUGGAAAUAUGAAGAUCAAGCCGGAAGAUGAGAAAUCAUACAUGCUGAAGAUGCCUGAGGAAUCUUCGAGCAAAUCAAUGACAUUCGCUGAUGUAGUUGACAUGGAGAGGCAGCUGAAGAGACGUCGUAUGAAGCACAGGACCACCAAAGAGCCUCCGUUGUCGUACAACGAAACAAUCCGGAAGCUAAUCAACACACAGACUGAAGCCUGGGAGAGUUAUCUGAAGCAAAGCCAAGAGGCAAUCUCAGAGCCUAAACAGAAACAUCACCACAAGAGGAAGCAUGAGAAGAAGGAAAAGAAGCACAAGAGGAAGAGGAGUCGUAGCUAGAGAAGCUUCAAAAGCACAAACCUUCAAGGGAAUUGUAAAAUAUUCGCCAUCAGAGCCAAUAAAAUAUUUUCUUUAUAA